UUGACUGGAGCCCCCUUCUCUCGUUACGCAGAGGAAUGGGACAGACACAGAUAGAGGUGGGCAGAGGUGUGACUGAGUGGACACAGGCAGCUGGGCUCCUGCCAUCUCUCACUUUUAUUUAGGGGCUCUCACAAAGAGAAGGGCUGAAAAGUGUAGCAGGAGGUUUUUUUUUAGGCGUAUAUAGGGGGAUAGUUUGCUCUUUUAAAUUCUCAGGAGUUUCUUCUCUUUUUAUUCUGAGCAGUUUAUCUGGAGGUUGUGAGCUGGGUGGAGUUCUCUUUGCCUCCGGGACAGUCCCUGUGGAGCUCGGGUUACCAUGCACAGGAUGGUGGAGGUUUGGGUCACCGUGCUGACACUGUCAGCUCUGACCGAAGGGGUGUUCGGGGGGUACGGGCUCAGCAUGUUCGCGGCUCAGUCCUCCCCUCCGGACCCGUGUUACGACGAGAACGGCAACCCGCGCAGAUGCAUCCCGGACUUCGUCAACUCCGCUUUCGGUAAGGACGUGCGGGUUUCCAGCGUGUGCGGGAGCCCCGCCGCCAGGUACUGCGUGGUGACCGAGAAGGGAGAGGAGAGGACCCGGGACUGCCACACCUGCGACGCCGGAGACCCCAAGAAGUCUCAUCCUCCCGCGUACCUAACGGACCUGAACAACCCGCACAACCUGACGUGCUGGCACUCCGAGAACUACAUGCAGUUCCCGCAGAACGUCACGCUCACUUUGUCUUUAGGGAAAAAGUUUGAGGUGACCUACGUGAGCCUGCAGUUCUGCUCACCCAGACCGGAAUCCAUGGCGAUCUACAAGUCCAUGGACUACGGCAAGUCGUGGGUGCCGUUUCAGUAUUACUCCACGCAGUGUAAGAAGAUGUACAACCGGCAGAACAAAGCAGCGAUCACCAAACAGAACGAGCAGGAGGCGAUCUGCACCGACUCCCACACCGACAUGCACCCUCUGACCGGCGGACUCAUCGCCUUCAGCACCCUGGACGGGAGACCCUCCGCGCACGACUUCGACAACUCCCCGGUGCUGCAGGACUGGGUGACGGCCACCGACAUCAAGGUGAUCUUCAGCCGGCUGCACACCUUCGGGGACGAGAACGAGGACGACUCGGAGCUGGCGCGAGACUCCUACUUUUACGCCGUGUCGGACCUGCAGGUCGGAGGUCGCUGCAAGUGCAACGGGCACGCGUCAAAGUGCGUGAAAGACCGAGAGGGGAACCUGGUGUGUGAGUGCAAACACAACACGGCGGGACCCGAGUGCGACAGGUGCAAACCUUUCCACUACGACCGUCCGUGGCAGCGCGCCACGGCACGAGAGGCCAACGAGUGUGUCGCAUGCCACUGUAACCUGCACGCCCGCCGCUGUCGUUUCAACAUGGAGCUGUACAAGCUAUCAGGCCGGAGGAGCGGCGGCGUCUGCCUCAACUGUCGUCACAACACGGCCGGACGCCACUGCCACUACUGCAAGGAGGGCUACUACAGAGACAUGACCAAGUCCAUCUCUCACCGCAGGGCGUGCAAAGCAUGCGAUUGCCAUCCAGUCGGAGCAGCAGGAAAGACGUGUAACCAGACGACGGGCCAAUGUCCCUGCAAGGACGGAGUGACAGGAAUCACCUGCAACCGCUGUGCCAAAGGCUACCAGCAGAGCCGCUCUCCCAUCGCCCCCUGCAUCAAGAUCCCGGUUGCAUCUCCGACAGCUACUUACAGCAGCUACGAGGAGCCGUCAGAUUGUGAAUCUCACUGCAAAGCCUCCAAGGGAAAGAUGAAGAUCACCAUGAAGAAAUACUGUAAAAAAGAUUACGCUGUCCAAGUUCACGUUCUAAAAGGCGACAAGUCGGGCGAGUGGUGGAAGUUCACCGUCAACAUCAUUUCCGUCUACAAACAAGGUGACAACCGCAUACGCCGCGGCGACCAGCUGCUGUGGGUGCGUGCCAAAGACGUGGCGUGCAAAUGCCCGAAGAUCAAACCCGGGAGGAAGUACCUCCUCCUCGGCACGGACGAUGACUCCCCCGGACAGAGCGGCGUGGUGGCAGACAAGGGGAGCCUGCUCAUCCCUUGGAAGGACCUGUGGGGUCGCCGGCUGAGGAAGUUCCAACAGCGUGACAAGAGGGGGAAGUGCUAAAAGUGGCUUCAGAGGAGGGAGGGCGAUGGAGGCAAAAAAAAAUGUCUCCGCCGGGAUGAAUGCACGAAGGAGGAGAGGAUGAAUGAAAAAAAAAUAAACUGGAGAGUAUGACAUAGAAAGACACAGGUGAAUAUUCGGAGAGAAAGGGAAGGACUGAGUGCUGCUGCUCUGAGACGGAGCGAAGAGUUUAGUCUUUUUUUUUUUAGGAACUUUUGUGAAGGAGCUCAUUCCACGGUUGUUUUGUCGUUUCAAGGUUUGUUUUGUUGUUUAAUUGCAGAGUUUGCACCUAAUGUCACAGAUAUGUCAUAUCCUGACUCUGUUACCCAUGAUGCCUUUUGAUUUUUUUUUUACAGUCCCAUGUUUAGUUGAUUUAAGGAGCAUUGCACCUACUUUUGACCCUUUUUGUAUUUUAAGAGAAAAACGUUACCAAUGUGUUGGCACUUCAUGGCGUUCAUCAUAUUCAAACGGCGGACACUUUUCUGUCCCGUAGUGCUCCAGACGGGAGGCUCGAUCGAGGUUAUUUUGUUGUAUUGCCGUGUUUGAGGUUGCAAAUCAUAGAAACAUAAAGGUUCCUGCUUCCCACUGGAUCAGUGAAAACCUGAACGGACGUCAGUGCAUAUUUAAUUCUGAGGCGACUUUUGAGCUUCUUCUCCUUUACUCAGCAGACGUCUGUUCAACAUGAGUUCUGUUGAAGGUUCAGCCUAAAGUUAAAGUUAAUGUUUUCCUUUUCACUGUGACUUUGCUGAAAGUCAGGGUUGGUCAUUUCCUCCACAUUCACUUUUUAAGAUUUCUUGUUGAAAAUGUGUUUAGGUCCUGACAGAAAUGAAUAACUCAUGUUCUCUGAAAAAGGAACUUCUUCACUUCUUUGUGUCUUUUCAGUGAUUCUGUUUUGUCAGGUUUCCUAGCUUAUAUGAUUUGCAACCAGGAAGACAGUGAUAUGACCGAUUAUCUUGCGGUGUGUACCCCGCUUUACUGAGGGUGAGCGUGUUUUGGAUUCACUUUCUAGACUUUGGUGCUCACCAGAAACUAUCCCUUGAGCAUGAAAGAGUUAAUGGUGCGCACCAGAAUCAGAAAUGUUCAUGCUUCUCUGCUCAUGUGCCCUUUAGAGGCUCCAAACAUAUUUAAGCUCGAGAGCAGAGCUGAGAAAAUAUUCAUAAACAUAAUGGGUGCAAUUUUUGUCCCUGAGCUCCCGGCUCAUAUCCAAGUGUUACCUCAGUGAGAAAAAGAAAACUGCCAUAAUGAUCGUCAGCUCAUUCUGUGUAGCGAUCACAUUUCAUGUUCUUUGCUCGGCGCUUAACGGUGUAUCAACGGUAUGUUGUGGUUGUGACCUCUGCAAUGUAAAGUAACCAUACGUGCAUACAUAGACAUUAUUUUUCCUUAGAUGAUGAGAGUAGAGUAGACAAGUCAACCAUGCACUUAUCUUCACUAGUUAGAACUUUAAGAACAUAUGAGAUAUGUUUUAGAGAGGCGUCCAAAAACAAAGAAGAUCCCGUCAUCGCCGCCACAUGAUGCAAAAAAAAACUCUCAACGUUGAGUCAUUUCUGCCUCAAUGAUGUUUUUUUUCUUUUACAGCUACGACUUGGGAUUUUAUUUUUGAAUAAAGAAAACCUUUUAAGUUGGAUUUCAAAGUAAAAGAGUGAAGAAGAAAACAGAAAACAUGGACCUAUCAACAGUCCUCAUACCACUGAACUGAUGCAUGCUCACUACUUACUGUAGCUGACUGAUAGCUAACCAUGAUUGUGAAUUAUGUACACUUUUACUUUGUAUACAGUGUUCAGUGUUGUGGGAAAAUAACCUGUGGAGUGAUAGAAUAUCACACGUUUAUUGUACAGUGCUUUCGGCACGCUGAGUCAAAACGUUUUUGAGGGCCACGAUAAAGACUUGGCGCCCGACGAACAGACCGACUGUCGACAUGUUAUAUAGCUGUAUAGUAUUAUUACUUUUUAUUUUGUGUUUAAAAAAACAUUAACUAGAGCUUUUUCCAUGUGAACUAAACCAGAGUUUUUAAACACUAGAGGCUUAAUGAACGGAAAAACAAAUAAAUGUCAGAGAGAGAGAGAGAGAGAGAGAGAGACAGAGAGAGAGAGAGAGAGAGAGAGAGAGAGAGAGAGAGAGAGAGAGAGAGAGAGAGAGAGAGACUGAUUCUGACUUACACUCAGUCAUACAAACACACUUAACUACGAGGGACACCUCAGUACUCGGUGCAUCACACUGUAUUUCUCUACACACACACACACACACACACACACACACACACACACACACACACACACACACACACACACACACACACACACACACACACACACACACACACAGGUUUUUGGUACUCCUGCCCUCAGACAGAUCCCGUCUGAUUAAUUCUCUGUUCCUCCAUCAGCUUGUAAAUGUUGUUCAGCGGUGUCCAUAGCAACACAAAGGUUGUGUAAUGUCCUGUAAUACUAAUAUAUUAUGUUUAUCACAAAUGAAUAUAUUUAAUGACACAUGAAUCGAUGUGGCUUACGUGGUUUUUAUGUUUUGAUCUUUUCUUUUUCUUUUUUUACUUUUUUUUGCAUUGAAUUGUAGACGGCUGUCAUGAGAAGUGUUGAUCUGUGUUUGGAUAUUUGAACAGCCCAAUAGAACUGAAGAUUAAUUCAUCUGAAAUAAAGCUGUUUGAAAAAAAACAAAAAAAAAACAAUCUGUGGAUGAUCA